CGCUCCGCGCGCCUCCUCACUGGCUGCGUCUCGCGGCCUGCGGGUCAAUGGCGUUCGUGGCGGGAAAGUUGGGUCUGUGGGGCUCCCGGCUUCCGUGGGCAUGUGUAGUGACUUCCACAGGGCUGAGUCCGGGACCGAGCUUCUUGCCCGCCUUGAAGGUAGAAGUUCCUUGAAAGAAAUAGAACCAAAUUUAUUUGCUGAUGAAGAUUCACCUGUGCAUGGUGAUAUUCUUGAAUUUCAUGGUCCAGAAGGAACAGGAAAAACAGAAAUGCUCUAUCAUUUAACAGCACGGUGUAUACUUCCAAGGUCAGACGGUGGAUUGGAAUUAGAAGUCUUAUUUAUUGAUACAGACUACCACUUUGACAUGCUCCGGCUCGUGACAGUUCUUGAGCAUAGGCUGUCGCAGAGCUCUGAAGAAAUGAUCAAGCGCUGCCUUGGAAGGCUGUUUCUGGUGUACUGCAGCAGCAGUACCCAGCUCCUGCUCACCCUCUAUUCACUAGAAGCCAUGUUCUGUAGCCACCCCUCUCUGUGUCUUUUGAUUGUGGAUAGCCUGUCCGCGUUUUACUGGAUAGACCGGGUCAAUGGAGGAGAAAGUGUGAACUUGCAGGAGUCUACUCUGAAGAAAUGUUCUCAGCUCCUAGAGAGACUCGUCAAUGAGUAUCGCCUGGUCCUCUUUGCCACGACACAAAGUAUAAUGCAGAGAGCUGUAGCGGCCACAGAGGGGCCAGCGGCUGCCUGUAAAUGGCCCUCGGACGCCGAUGCGGACUACAGACCCUAUCUGUGUAAGGCUUGGCAGCAAGUGGUGAAGCACAGGAUAUUCUUCUCCAAACACGAAGAUGCUAACCGCACCAGCCAGUUCUCCUUAGUUUCACGCCAUUUAACAAGUCACAGUUUAAGAAAACACGUUUUUAUUAUCAGAGAAAGUGGGGUGGAAUUUUGUUGAAUGGUCAUAAAAUAGUUUUUUACAAGCUCUAAUACAGGCCUUAAGAAGCAUUUUAUAAGCUAAAGUGAUUUCAUUCUAAAGGUUUUUAAGUCUGAGGGAAGUAACGUAAUAAUGUUUCGACACAGAAUGGAUUUUUUUUUAUUAUUAUUGGCAGUAUUGCACAUAAUGGAUUUCUUAAACUAGUGUUAUUAAGACUACAGGCUGUUGUGUUCCUAAUGUCAAAAGUUAAAACUUUGAACCAAGCUUGUUUUAAAACGAAUAUACAUAUUUUAGACUAAAUAAAAGGGACUUCUAUAUACAACUUGGUGUCACAUUUUUGGAAUUCAGCAAAACAUUUCUUUAGGAAAGUUCAAUUGUGUUCCCAGUCUCUUAUGCCUCCUCCCUUAGGAAGUGUGUCUGCAGAGCUGGGCAGUCCUUAGCCACCAGGGGCAGAAUUUGGUGUAUAAAUAACCAAGCUU